AUGCGUUUGGAGCUGGCCAUCCAGGACCUCAAGCUCUCCAACCAGAGCCAGGACCCCGGGGCCAAAGAGGGCCACUUGGAGGUCCUGCUGGACUGCUCGUUCUUGGCGUGCGUGGCCGGCAGUCUGGGCCGGAUCUGGCACUUGGCGGUGGCGGUGUCCCUGGGCGGCAUCCUGCUCCUGGGCGGCCUCAACAACCUCCUGGUCCUGCUGCUCUUCGCCAAGUUCCCGGUUAUCCGGACCCCGCUCAACCUCCUCCUGCUCAACCUCAGCCUCAGCGACCUCCUCGCCUGCCUCCUCGGGACCUCCUUCGGCUUCGCCUCCAGCCUCAGGGGCCGCUGGCUCUUCGGAGAAGCAGGCUGCCGCUGGUAUGGCGUCGCCAACGUCCUCUUCGGCAUCGUUUCCCUGGUGUCCCUUUCCAUCCUCUCCUACGAGCGUUACAUGACGGUCCUGAGGAAGCCCUCCAAGAGCAUGACCUCCAGCUACUCCAGGUCCUUCCUCUGCAUCGGGGGCACCUGGCUCUACUCCUUGUCCUGGACUCUGCCUCCGCUUUUCAUCUGGAGCAGCUUUGGCCCCCAAAAACCCGGAGAGAGCUGCUCCGUCACUUGGUUCCCCAAGACGGCCAGCAACUUCUCCUACAUCAUCUGCCUCUUCAUCUUCUGUCUCAUCUUCCCGCUGGUGGCCCUGACCUAUUGCUAUGGCCGGAUCCUGCAAAUCAUUCGAAAGCAGGCCUCUCGGUUUCCGGUGAAGGCUGUCCAAAGACGGGAGCAACGUAUUUUGUUUAUGGUGGUCACCAUGGUCACCUGCUACUUCCUCUGCUGGGUGCCUUACGGAAUCGUGGUGUUAAUCACAGUCUUCGGAAAGCCUGGGACAGUCACCCCACUCAUCAGCAUCGUCCCAUCCAUUCUGGCCAAGGCCAGCACCAUUGUGAAUCCCAUCCUCUACGUCCUUCUGAACAAGCAGUUUUACCGAUGUUUCACUGUUCUCAUGAACUGCGACCCGCUUCCGAAGCACCUGGAGAUGACUUUGCAUUCAAAAUGGAGCCAAACUCCCAACGCAGAGAGCCAGGAGGGCCCCGUUCACUUGCUAGGCAUCCAGAGAAGACUAGGCAGCACCAAGCCGUCUUCCAGUUUAACCAUCAUGGAAUAUUUCCCCAAAUUGCCAGAGACUGUUGUGACUCAGCUGCAGCUCCAGAGUGAAGACGAGGAAGGGGAUUUUGAAUUACAGAUGCAGAUGUCAGAUGAUGGGGUUCAUGAUAAGUUUCAGGAUGAUGCUGUGGGGAAUUAUGGAAUUCAGACACAGGCUGGUUCAGAAGUGCAGCCUGUUGAUGAGUUCCAGUUGCAGCCUACGGAGAUCAUGGGAAGAGAGAGUAAGAAUGGUAGUAGAAAAGAAGGGAUGGGCUAA